AUGUCGUUCUGCGGUCUAGCCGGCGGGUCGGACGGCACCACAUCACGCGGCCGCCUUUCGCGCAAGAUCCUCGUGCUCGGCGACGGAGCGUGCGGAAAGACGUCGCUGCUCAACGUCUUUACCCGCGGAUACUUUCCACAAGCCUAUGAACCGACCGUGUUUGAAAACUACGUCGAGACGCUAGACGUCGACGGCGUCGGGCCCAUGGAGCUCUCGCUGUGGGACACGGCGGGCCAGGAGGAGUUUGACAAGCUGAGGAGCCUCAGCUACGCCGAUACGCAUGUAGUCAUGCUCUGCUUUUCCGCGGACAAUCCGGUCAGCUUAGAAAACGUCGUUUCGCGAUGGGUACCAGAGAUCCACGACCACUGUCCCGGCGUCCGCAUCGUCCUCGUCUCGCUCAAGUGCGACCUGCGGCAAGACGACCGCGUCCUCGAAAAGCUCUCAAAGACGGGCGACGUGCCCAUCACGUACGAGGUCGGCCUCCAGACCGCGAGGAGGAUAAAGGCGACGCGCUAUCUCGAGUGCAGUGCCAAGUUCAACCGCGGCGUCAGCGAGGCCUUUGUCGAGGCUGCAAAGGUGGCCGCCGGGGCAAGAGCAAGAGGCGCAAAGGAAUCCGGAGGCGGCUGCGUCAUCUGCUAG